CUUUUAUGUUAUGAGAAAAAUUUUGUUAUUUAUUCACUCCUUUAGCUUCAAUUUGCAAUUCAUCAAGAUGGCGGAUAAGCAGCAAACUUAGAAUAAAAUGUGGGAAAAAGUCAUUUCAUUGAUUGUUUUGGUCAGUUUAGCUGUUGGUACAGGUUUGAAUCAGUUUUAAAUCGGUUUUAAUUCACACCCAUAAUGGAAACAUCUGAACCAGAUGUGCGACUCCGAAAAUCCACGAGAGACACAAAACGUCCUGAGAGGUUCAGAGACUAUAUCGUAUCAGAUGAGCAAAGUACUGGACGACAAAUAGAGCAUGAAAAAGAAAAAAUUGCUCGAAAAGAACAAGAACUGUUAACUAAGUUACAAAUGAAAAGGCAAGCUCUUGAUCAAACCUUGUCCGAAUUCGAAACCUACACACACACCCCUGCCGGGUCACAGAAAUCAUCACAACCAGACAUGGGAGCAAAGCCAAAAAUUCCUAUCAAAAAACCCAGACAAACUAGAGACAAUUCAUCCAGAACCAAGAUGCAAACAAAGACUAAAGAACCUGAACCACAACAUAACAGCACCAACGAGAGAAGUCUGCAGAAACAUAGCAGAUCCACAAACAAAACAUCUAGGAGAGAUCCUCUUGAUGGUCUACUAUAUCAAGUAGGCAGGUACCUUGGAAAUGACUUGACAGCACUAAGAGUCAAUCUUGAAAUAGAUCACUCAGAACUGGACAAUAUAAUAGCCAGUAAUCCACACUCUGCCCAGAACUGGGGCUAUAGCAUGUUGCUGGCUUGGUCAAAAAGGCAAGAAGGAGACAGUGAGGACACCAAGAAGCAACUCACUGUUGCAUUAAGAAAUAAACACGUAGGGAGGAAUGACCUUGCUAAGUUGUGUGAACAAACCAAAGUUAGGAAGGUUGCAGCUGACAGGGAUAAAACGGAGGACUGUCUUACUUACGUAGAUGAAAAUUCAAAAGGGAGAAGUAAACUAAACAAAAAUGAGAAAAAGCUUUCAUUAAGAAAGGAAGGAGUGCAGAGCUUUGGAGAAGUUCAAGAUAAAUCAAUAUUUACACAUUCUGGUGUUCAUAGCAUCAAAAUGAUGAUAUUGAUUCGACGACAGUAUGAAGAAAGAAAACAUCAGUUUGGAGGUCCUGACCAACUACAAAUACCAACACUUGUAAAAACAAAAAAGAGCUGGAAUUUGGGUUCGAUAGGUGGAUGCGCUAUUUUCAGAUUUCCAAAUGGUCAACAAAUUUCUUAUGCUCUUACUGCACAACAUGUUGUGAAAUAUAUCAAUUG